AAAAUUUGUUGCUGCGGGUGUAUGCGGAGUAUACGGACAACGGGGUCGACUCGCAUUUCUCAUAUUCCCUCGAUUAAGCGAGUGCAUUGCAGCAAAUCGACUCGCAUAUCUCAUCUUCCCUCGAUUAAGCGAGGGCAUUGCAGCAAGCAUGAUUCGCGCACCAUAAAGAGAGAGCUCGCAACCGCCCUCUUGCUUGGUCGGCGCCGAACCCCAGGGGCUUGAUAGGGAGUUGUAGAUUUUAGUUAGUGAACAAGGAGGCAAGAAGAAGCUCGUUUUCACAGAGCAAUGGCAAGUUCGUUAGCAGCACAGCUUGAAUCAAUAAGCUCUACAGGGUUGCAAGCGCAUCAAGGCAACAAACGUCCAAUUACUCGGCCAUCAAUUUUGUUUGAUCCGCGACAAGCCGGUGACGUUAGUCUCCACACCAUUCAUGCUGCUGCACUUGAAGGACUUGAUAAGCUGGCGGAGAUGGACAAGCGCUUUGCUUCAUUUAAGAAUACUCUGUUCAGUUUUGAAAGCCAGCAGAUAGAUAGGGAGCUCCAGAACAGAGAAUACAAUGCAAAGAUAGAUAAAACAAUUGGUCUUUAUUUGCGAUUAGCAUCUGGACAUCUGCUUGUGGGAGAUUCUCACAAGACACUGGAGUAUUUGAUUCGUCGAUACAAGAUAUGGGCAUACAAUGCAGAUGAUUUGGUACUAUGCGCUCUUCCCUACCAUGAGACAAGUUUAUUUGUGAGAAUAGUGCAACUCCUCGACUUGAAAAAGACUAAAUGGCAUUUUCUAGAAGGAGUAAAAGAAUCAGGUGCACCUCCUCCAAGAACUGUUCUUGUUCAACAAUUUGCACGCGAAUUGGCAAUUCUGGAAACUAUAUGUGAAUAUAGUAUACCUGUGGUGAAAAGUCAACCAUACUCCAGAACUUCAGUUUCCUUUUGUGUUGCACUGAUAAUGGAGACCUUGGGUGUUAUGAAAACAGUUAACACUGAUAUAAUAAGCAAAAUUCUCCCUUUCAUAUUUCGUUGCUUUGAUACUAUGGCUGUUCUAGACUAUAAGGUCGGUGGACUUAUGCUUGUGGGCACAUUGGCAAGUAGAGCAACACUGUCAGAAAAGCUUGUGAAGCAAUUGCUUUGCUCAGUUGCAAAAACAGUUCACAAAAAUCUUAAUGCGUUGCAUGAUAUUUCUUUGCUUCAGAUGGCAUUAAUGGUCAUGAUCAAGUUGACUGAGGCACAGUCAGUUGAUCUUUUUCCUUGGAAAGCUAUAGAAGCACUUGCAACAAUCAGUGAUCUUGCAGUUAAUCUUGCUGAAUUGUCAAAAACAUUCUAUUUGGAGAAGUUUCUACUACUUAUUUUGGACGGAUUAGUUUAUCACAGUUUCCGGCAGAAGUCCUGUCAAACUGCUUUGAUUUCAAUCAUUGAUGCCGUCCCCAUGAAAGGUCAGAUUGUGCUUGUUGUUUCAAAAGCCCUAGGCAUUUGCAUGGGCAGCUCGCUCAAGACACAGAAGUCUGAGAAGGAGCAGCUGGAUAUUCCCGAAGCAAUAACUUGGGCCAGAUGUCUUUUCUUGAAGAUUGAGAAGAUUUAUCCAGUGGAGCUGGAUAAAGCUGUUUGUAACUUCCUUGAGAACUCAAGGGAAUCGUCAAGGGAAUCAGUAGGCACUAGUUCUGUACUUGACGUUGUUCGAGUUGUCUUUAGUGGAAGUCUCCAUACCCCAAUGGAAGAGUCUAAUGCAAGUGUGUAUGUUUCACUUGAACACCCACAGCCUCAAAUACGAGCAGCAGCAGUGUCAAGCUUGGCCACAUUGGGUAUAGUUGGAACUUCUGGCUGUGAUGCAAAGACAACAAUAAAUCUUCAAGAGGCUCUUCUACGCCGUCUUCAUGAUGAUGAUCUGUCUGUUGUUCAUGCAGCUCUUGCAUUGAAAGGCUUGGAUAGGAUCAUUGAUCCUAGUCCUUUGCUAAAGGCAUUAACCAAUAAUUUGUCAAGGUGCUUUUUGACAUACAGUACAGGUUCUAAGGCAUUAAAAGAGCAAGCUUAUGUUGUUGCAGAUUUAUCCCUUGAGUUAGUAGCAUCAAGUUUCUUAGUGCAAUAUCCAAAUUCGUUGAAAGAAAUAGCAGCUAUGAUUUUGCCUUAUAUUCUGAUUCUUCCAAAGACAUGGAAAUUAAACCAAAAGGCUCUGCAAAUUGCUACAACAAUAUCAUGGCCAUUUUUCAAUCAUCUUUCCAGUACCUUGGAUCUAAUCGGAAGUGCUCAUAGUAAGAAGUUGGAAGAAAAGUUGCUGGUGUCUGUAAAUAGUAAGAUAAUAAAAGCAUUGUCUGAUGCUUUGCUUGAGAAUGUGGGAACAUACUUGCCUUGGCUUAUUGAGUGCUGUAAAGAACUUGGAAGAGUAAAACCACUGAUAUUCCUCAUAUUAAUUCAUUCGUUCAUGCAGCAAAGAGAAGGUAAAUUCUGGUGUUUACUCAAAGGAUCUAUUCAAUUUAUUAAACAAGAAUGGUCAGAUGUGGAUGUUGGAGAGAUGAUAUUUCAGACAAGGCCUAAUGAUAUAGAUGAGUUUUUCUUCCAACCUGAAAUAUAUCAGGAGAUUGAGGCUGAAAAUAAAUCAGUUCAUGGGAGUCUUCUGGUUGCUAUAUUUUGGAGUUUGCUGAAGAACCUAUCAACAAAAGAUACUGAAGUUUCUGAUGAUCAAAAUGGAGACAUUUUGUGUAUUUAUGAAGAUCUAUUUGUGAUGUUCGCAAUGCCACCAUCUACAGAAAUAUUCAAAGAACAUAUUCAUUUAUUGGUUACACACAGUGCACUAUCAGCAGUACCUUUCUUGUCAAAAUUUUUUAUGGCAGAAGGAUCAACUGUACCUGUUGCAGUGCAGGUGGAGAGUCUGAAAUCUUUGAGUUUUGUGUGUUUUAUGCUGUCUUCAGAAGAUUUAUCUGAAAAGAAUGGAAUACAGAGCAUGAAUCCCAUGUAUUUGCAGCUUGCUUUACCAUGCAUUUUUGUGGCUUUGUGCAGUGCCAUUCAAGCUGUUCGAAGGGCGGCAACGAAAUGCAUUGGAUCACUUCAUGGUCUUUGGUGCCACAUGACUAUAUCUUCGCAAAUUUAUGGUGCUGAGGCUAAAAAUGGAAAUUUCUUACCAAUGGAUGUUUUUGGAGAAUUUAUGGAGUCCAUUGUGCAGGUCAAGAAACUUUUUGAAUCUGAUGGACAAUUCCUUGGUUCUUUUCUAAGUUCUCUAAAUUCAUCAGCCAAACACAUUUCAGCCCCAGAUAAACUAUGUGAAAGGUUUGAUGAAAAUACAAAGGAAGCAAUUCUGUUGUUUAUUUUGAGGAAUGCACUGGAGUUUCCAACCUAUGCCAAGUGGACAAUGCUAUCCGCACUUCAAGGAGCAGGACAUAUAUCUAGGCAAGUGGCAGAAACAAAGGUGGUUCUAUCGGGGCUUCUUUUACGCCGUAGAGGUUUCCAUCUUAAAUGUGAUAUGUCCCAGGAUAAAUUGUCACAUGAUGACAUUAAGCUCCUGUGUGUACUACUAAAGACUUAUAUGGUGCAUUUGACCUCUUCAACAAAUUUAGCAAAACCUUGCAGUCGAGAAGAUCUGGAGCCACUAUUUGAAGCAUUGUUUGUAGAAGGUGUUUCUCAUGAAGAUGCUGCUGGAACAAGAACGUGCAUUUUAGUUUUGGAAAAUUUAAGUUCAAUGUUUUAUGACUCUCAGGAUAUUACAAUGCAGGAUCAAAUAUUUCAACAUUUAAUUCUUCUAUUCAAUAGUGAUGUUGGAAGUAUUCACAAUGCACUUCUUGAUGCGUUACGGAGAAUCAAUGUGGAUGGUAUUACAGUAGCAAAGCAUCUAGCCAUGGUUUUAGCACAAGAUGAUGGCAUUCGUAGUAGUCGAAAAAAGCAGAAGAGGAGUAAAAUGGAAGAAGGCCGCCUUGUAGGUCUAUGGAAUCAACUGUUACUUACGGAGGCAAAACAUCUGAAUUUUGUUGGUGCAUUAUUGGAGUUUUUGGUUUGGAAGAAAGAUCUCCAAAACAGGGCUGCAGUCAUCAAACCUUUAUUCAAGCUUCUUGAUAAACUCGUAAAGGACAUACCUCUGGGGAAUCUGAACCAGCAAGAACCAAAAUCUGCUGAAAAUGAUGGCAAAUCACAUCGGAUGAGUUACCUGCAGCAGAUGGUAAUGACAGUACUGGAAAGCAUAAGCAAUUCCUUACUGAUGGAAACCUCUUUGAAGGUUGACAUUUCAAAGAGCUUUAACGUUGACUUAGUUGUUCUAUGUGUGAAUAUUGCAAAAGAUUCCAGAACACGCAAUCAUUCAUUGUCAUUACUCACUACCAUUGCAAAGCUCCUCCCUGAUCAAGUCUUGAGAUAUGUUAUUGAUAUAUUUACACUUAUGGGGGAAUCAACUAUACUACAGGAUGACAGCCAUUCACAGCAGGUUUCAAAAGAGCUGAUAUCAGCAGUGGUUCCAUGCUGGCUAAGAACAAGUAAAGACCCUAAAAAAUUGCUUGAGGUUUUUGUUAAAGCAUUGCCUCGUAUGUCUCAACAUCGAAGAUUGGCUAUCACGAAUCAUCUGCUUGGGGUUUUGGGUGAACAAACUAGUUUGCCUGUCCUCCUAAUGUUACUGCUUCAAUCAAUGGUUUUAUCUAUAAAUACAUCUGACAAAGGUCAAGAUAUGAGAAGAAUGCUAUUAAAUUCAAACUGGCAGCAGGAGUUUGUUUUACAGCUUAGUAUGCAAUAUUCAUCCAGAAUAUGGCUUUCAUCUUUGGUUAAACUUUUGGAAAGAGCAAGGGUUGAUGCAUGUGUUGAUAGUCAAGGUGAACGGCAAUCAAAGGAAGAAGGAUUUGUCUCAUGGGUAUUACAAAUUGAAUGUGUACACCUUGUUGCAGAUUACCUAAAAAGUUCAGAAUUCUCACUUCAGCUUGAGAAUGGCCAUGAUCAGGAAGCAGUGCAGGAAGCACUUGGUGCCCUUAUGGAACAAGUAGUCUUACAAUUGCAAAUUCUUGAGGAAAAAGCUAAACAAUCCGUUGUUCCUUCUGGUUUUAAGAAUGAUGCAAAAGAAGCUGCAUUUACUUUAUUGAAUGUCAUCACAAAAGUCAUGGCUCCAGCAGCCUACUCCAAGGGUAUUACGUCAUUGUUGAAAAACUCAAAUGCAAAUGUCUGCGAGAAGGCACUUCAGUUACUCUGUCAAAACUUGAAAGAUAACUCUAUCUCUGAACGACGGAAAAAGAAAAAAAUUCUUAACAUGUCAAAUGCUCCAUUGCAGUCCCUAGGUCAAAGCAGUCAGGCAUGUGAGGAAAUGAUCUUACAAAUUGUUGGGUUUCUUAACAGAACUCAGGAAGAUUCAUCUGUAGCUACAAAAAUUUCAGCAGUUGCUACACUAGAUGUCCUGACAAAGAGAUUUGCAGGGAAUUUUCCUACAGCUUUUACUACAUGUCUUAGAUCUGUUGUUGACAAUCUAAAAGAAGAUGAUAUUGCUCUUUCCUCGGGUUGUCUGUGUUGCAUCGCUUCUCUUGUUUCUGAACUUGGGCCACAGUCAUUAGCAGAGCUUCCUCACAUUAUUCUAUAUAUUCUUGAGAAGACACCGCAGGUCUGCUCAUCUUCAAAUAAAGAAGUAACAGUGCCUAAUCUUGCAGACACCAAAGACAAUUCAGAAGUGAGAUUCACCUUUUUAAUCUCUGUUCUCAGUGGUUUGGAUGCUAUAGUGAACAAGAUGGGUGGUUUCUUGAAUCCAUACCUGGAAGAUAUUGUUGGCCUUCUAGUUUUGCAAUUCACCCAUGAUUCAGAUUUGGUAGUGGAUACAAAGGCAGCUUCUAUCCGGACCCUUAUGGCCGAAAAGAUCUCGAUUCGUCUUUUGCUUGAACCGAUGCUUCGAGUAUAUGAAAAAGCAGUUGAGACUGGUGAAGCUUCUGUUUCAGCUAUUUUUGAAAUGCUAGCUGUUGCUGCAAAUAAAAUGGAUCGGCAAUCUGUUGCAAAUUAUCAUACAAAAAUAUUUACAUCAUGUCUAGUGGCUUUAGACAUUCGUCGUCAUCAUCCACAAUCAAUUAAAGAUGUUGCUAAAGUAGAGACAAGUGUAAUUAAUGCGCUUGUGUCUUUGACAUUGAAAUUGAGUGAGGCAACAUUUAAGCCUCUAUUUAUUCGGACCUUAGAGUGGGCAGAAUCUGAUGUGGAAAAUAAUGGGUCAUGUAGAGGCAGGAAUCUUCAGCGCAAUAUUUCAUUUUACACUUUAGUCAACAGUUUAAUCAGGAAGCUCAGGUCUGUAUUUGUUCCGUACUUUCAAUAUUUGAUGGAUGGGUGUGUGCACCAUUUAACUGGUAGUCAGUAUCAAGGACUUACUGGUCAUACACAGCAUAAAAAGAAGAAGAGCAAACUUAUUGAAAUGGCUGAAGAUAGUGGAUCAAAGCAAGAACUCACAAAGACUGAAUGGCAUCUUCGAAUGUUGAUUAUUUCAUCCUUAUUCAAGUGUUUUCUUUAUGACACUGUAGGCUUUCUUGACUCUUCAAAGUUUCAAGUUCUUCUUAAGCCAAUUAUUUCGCAGCUUGUAGUAGAACCACCCAAGUUAGUUGACAAAUUGGAAGAUGUUCCAAGUAUUCAGGAGGUUGAUGAUCUUUUGGUUUCAUGCAUUGGUCAAAUGGCUUUGACAGCAGGGACAGAUCUGCUGUGGAAGCCGCUUAAUCAUGAGGUCCUUAUGCAAACACGUAGCAAAAAGGUCCGUGCACGGAUUUUGGGUUUGAGAAUUGUAAAAUACCUGUCGGAUAGUCUUAAGGAAGAAUAUCUUGUACUUCUUCCUGAGACCAUUCCAUUCCUUGGGGAGCUUCUUGAAGAUUCAGAACUCCAUGUGGUUGCAAAGGCACAGGAAAUACUCAAAUCAAUGGAAGACUUAAGCGGGGAAAGCCUUUCUCAAUAUCUUUGAUAUGCUUCUCGCAACAGAAGAUAAAAACUCAGGAAUUUGAAUUGUACAAAUUUUUUGUUGUAAUCUUUUCGCUGAAGCCGUAGAGAGAACAAGUCCUGGAGGGCUAUCAAAAGUCCAUCCUAUAUUAUCUGGCAUUUUUGGAAUAUAUCAAAUUUCAAUAAUGGCUAUAUAAUAUUCAAUUUUGCAUAAGCACAGAUUUAUCAUUAUUUAUAGUUCAAAAACAACCAUUUUAAACGCACUGCAAGAAAUGUAGACUUUGUCCUGCACAUAAUUUGAAUAUGAUUAAUAAUGCCUGUUUCUAACACUA